CGCACAAACUUACAGCUGCUUCUUUUCUUUCUCGCCGGAGACGGUGUGGCAGAAUUAAGCAGCAUUAACAAUGCGGCGAGCUCUCCCCACUGCCUUAGCCGCCGCUUUCGUAGUGCUUUUGGUGGCCUUAGAGGCCCCGGUGGCUCGCGGCUACAACAUCACCAGGAUACUGGCGGACCACCCGGAGUUCUCCACCUUUAACCAUUACCUCACCGUGACUCGGCUGGCCAACGAGAUCAACCGCCGGCUGACCAUAACGGUUCUCGCCGUAGAUAACUCAGGCAUGGCCGAUCUCCUCGCGAGGCAUUUCUCCAUCCUCACCCUCCGCAACGUGCUCGCUCUCCACGUUCUCACCGAUUACUACGGCUCCAAGAAGCUCCAUCAGCUCACCCAUGGCUCCACCCUCGCCUCCUCCGUCUUCCAGUCCUCCGGACGCGCCAUCGGGACUACCGGCUUCAUCAACAUCACCGAGCACAGCAAGGGCAGGGUCACCUUUUUCUCCGAGGACGCGGGCGGCGCGCCGCCAGUCGCCUUCGUCAAAUCCAUAAAGGAGAUGCCCUACAAUCUCUCGAUCCUCCAGGUGAGCUCGAUCAUGUCCUCCCCCGAGGCGGAGGCCCCUGUCGCGCCGCUGGCCGCAGUCAAUCUCACCGACCUCAUGUCCCGCAAGGGCUGCCGAGAAUUCGCUAAUCUGCUCCUCGCCACGCCGGACGUCCUCAAAACCUUCGAGUCCAACCUCGACGUCGGCCUCACCGUCUUCUGCCCCAUCGACGCCGCGGUCAGAGCCUUCGCCGAGAAAUACAAGAACCUCACCGCCCCGGGCAAAGCCUCCCUCCUCCUCUACCACGGCACGCCUUUCUACUACUCGCAGCAGCUCCUCAAGACCAACAACGGUGCCUUCGCCACGCUCGCCACCGACACCCACGACAAGAAGUACAAGUACACCGUGGGUAGCGACGGCGACGCAAUCACCGUCAAGACCCACCUCGUGACCGCUACCAUCACCUCCACCCUCAUCGACCAGGAUCCCGUCGCCGUAUAUGCAGUCGACAAGGUCCUCCAGCCGCGGGAGCUCUUCAAGCCCGAGGAUGCCGCCGACGUCCCCGCAGACGCGCCUGCCGCCUCCAAAAAGCACAAGCACGGCGCCGCAGACUCAGUGGCGGGGCCGAACGAGGCCCCGUCGGACGAGGCGGCUGCGGAUAAUGCCGCCUUCAGAGCCGGCUCAAGCGGACGGUGGCUCGCCGCCUCCGUGGCCGCUAUGGCGGUGCUGGUGCUCGCCGUGUAAUUAUUUCCUCUACUCUUUCUCAGAUUGACAGACGAAGUUUUUCGGAGGGAAAAAACACAAAAGGUAAAGAGGGAGAGAUAUCGCAUACUCCAUAAGUAUAGACAUGGUUCAUUCAUUUUCAUAGAUAACACUCUCUCUUGCUUCGAUUUGAGAGCUGGAUUUGUACCGUAGAUCUUAUUGUUGGAGAUGGCAAACUGGGCAUUAGAUCUUCCAA